AUGCUUGGUAAACCGUUAGUGUUACCACAGACAAAACACCAAAUACCCAUAAUUUGUUUUGCUCUAAUUGGUUUUAUUCUAAAUGCUAUUUCAUUGUUCGUAUUUUUGUUUGGAGAGGUAGCUGUCAACUCGCGAUCACAUAAUACAGGACGUCAUCGAUUAGUGGAAAAUGAGAGCACAAAUAUAAGCAUGCGGAUGAGUACAAUCAGUAAAAGCACACAUCAGACAAAAUCACGUAAUACAGGACAUACAAGAAGUUCAUUCAUGAUAAGUUUAGUAUUUUUGUGUGUAUGCGAAGUCAUCUUCAAUCUGGGCUUAUUUGUAUUCAAACUGGUCCAAGUGCUAUCACCGAAAUUUGUUCAUCAAACACCGAAUGAUGGAUACAGUCACAUUCCACCUGAUAUGAUUUUGAUUGUAUUGCCGGUCAUACAAAAUCUCCUCAUGUUUAUUGCAGAGGUAGGUCUUUUUUGUCGAAAUUGGUGUGUCUGCUUAAUCACAGCAGCUCGUGCUGAAGUUGUUAUCUGGCCACUUGGGUCACGUGCCUGGCAAAGGAUUUUAAGGAAACCCAAAAGAUUUAUUCAAAUAUUCAUUCUAAUUCUUUUCUUAUCAAUUAUAAUAGUUGGUUUGAAACAUACAGAUUACAUAGGUCUUCUGUGUUAUGAUGAUACUAUUCAUCAGUAUGGAAUGUGGUCACAAGCUUAUAUGUUUUCACGUGAAUCGUUCUUACUGUAUCUGAACUCUGUAGUGUUACCAUAUCGUGCAGUAAUCACCUGGAUUCUCAUUGUACUGUUUACAGCUAUGAUUAUCAUUAGACUACGGCCAUGGAGUAAAGAGUCUUUACUACUACAAACCUCAAAUUCAAAGUCUUUAGAUGAUAUACCAGCAACACAAGAAUGUUCACAAAAAGAUGCAAUGCGUAAACGUCAGAAGGGGCAAAUGAGGGCAACACGUGUUGUUCUUGUUGUUGCUAUAGCAUUUGGCCUAUUGGAGUGUAUGAACUUUAUGAUUGCAAUCUGCCAGUCUGCUGGACUUCUCGAAAACGACCAUUUAAGUCGACUACUUGAAACCAUUGGCAAUACCUUGAUCACUAUUGACUCUAUUUGCAAUUUUUUCGUGUUCAUCUCACUCAUGUCCUAUUUCCGUCAAAUAUUUUUACAAUUAUUCUGUUGCAAAAAAGCAGUAAUGACUAUACCAGUUACUCAGAAAAGUACAUCUUUCUCCUCAGUAACUCAAACAGUAACGGGAAAUGAUGACCACAUCGAUAGAUUCAAUAUGAAAGUUUAG